AUGUCUUUCAAAGUUAGGGCAAAGAAGGAACAUUCACCAUCCAUGAUUACAUCACUUCCAUAUGACAUCAUCAUGAAUAUCAUAGCAUGUGUACCGAGAUGCUAUUAUCCGACUAUCUCCCUCGUUUCCAAGAUUUUCCGAUCACUUGUGGCAUCGCCUGAGCUAUACAAGAGACGAUCCUUGUUAGGCUGCACCGAACACUGUCUCUAUGGUGUCCUCUAUAACUACGACACCAGUGAUUACCGUUUGUAUAUUCUCCGUCGGAAAGUCAACAGCAAUGAUCAUUAUUUGGUCAUGAUCCCGUCACUUCGUUUUAUGCCUUUCGCUGGACGCUAUGUCCCAGUGGGUUCGAAGAUAUAUGUGGUGGGUCACUCGAAUGCUUUAAGCAUCGAUUGUAGAUUUCACACAUUGCAGCCCAUCUCUCCCAUUCCUAAGCCCAUGUCUUAUAAGGCCGCUGGCAUAGUUGAGGGUAAGAUUUACGUAAUCGGAGAAUGUAAUGACGAGGUGAGUGGGAGCAGGUGGUGGAAGAGAGUCAUGGUGUUUGAUACAGAAACUGAAAUGUGGGAGCCUAAGAUGAUAAAGCCAGGCAUGGAGCUAGGUGACAGUUCGCUAAUUGAUGGUGUGGUGAUGGAGGAUAAGAUUUGCAUGAGAAAUUAUGAGAAUAGCUUUGUUUAUGGACCAGAAGAAGGAAAAUGGGAAAAAGACGAGAUGCUGAAUGCUCAAAGAUGGAAGGAGCUAUGUGUUGUUGACGGCUUAUUGUACUUUUACGAUGUUUACAAGAAAAAGUUAAGAGCGUAUGAUCCAAAGCAGAGGUGUUGGAGAGUGGUGACAGGUUUGGAAGAAUUGUUGCCUAAGAUAACCGGUUCAUGGAGGAUGCGCACGGUUGGUUACGGUGUGAAUUUGGCUCAUUUCUUUCAUAAAUAUAAUGACGCCCGAACGAACACAACAGUGAUUUGGUGUGUGGGGUAA